AUGGCUACUCUUGAAGAGUUCUUAGCACAGUUCAACCGCGUUCUCGAAGAUGCCACUACAAAUCUCCAAGGGCCACUCAACGAUGAGCGUAUCAAGACUCUCCAGACCACCGAAUCUCUCCCAGCUAAUAACAAGAAGCUGUGGGAGCUCUUAUCUCGGACGGUCAAUAUGGCCGAUCAAAUUGUGCAGCUCCUUCAGCCUCCAGCCAUCAGGCUCGCAGAGACCUAUCUUGCCUAUCUAGACACGAAAGCGCUUUUUUCCGUUGUAUCUCAUAACAUUCCAGACCUCUUAUCUUCCGGCCCUCUCAAAGCUUCGGUCCUCGCUCAACAAAGCAACCUCCAACCUCUCCGUCUCAAGCAAGUCAUGCGCGUGCUUCACAACAACGGCAUAUUCGACUACGAGCAUACCACAGACACAUACUCCAACAACGCCGCUUCCGUCCUUCUCCAAAAAGACCACUGGACACAAUGGCACCGCUGGGUAAGCCUCUAUGGCGAUGAAUUCUACGACGCGGCCAAAGGCAUCCCCGAAGCCAUCAAAGAAGGGGAAACCCGCAGCGCCGCUCAAAUCACAUACGCAACCGACAAAAGCAUAUUCACCUAUUUCGCCGAAAAGGGCCUCCAAGAGAAAUUCCACAAGGCCCUCGGCGCAGGUGCUGUAGCGCAAGCUCCCGGAAUGCUGGCUGAUUACAACUGGAAGGAAUUGGGCGAUGCCGUCGUCUGUGACAUUGGUGGCGGCGGAGGCGACUUCAUCACGGCUCUGCUACGAGAUAAUCCCCCCAUGAGAGGCGCUCUUCUUGAAAUACAGCCUAUUGUUGAGAUGGUGAAGCCAAAGUACAGCAGUCCCGACGGCGUAUUUGCAGACGUUGCGGAUCGCAUGACUGAACUGCAUGCCGGAGACUUUCUUACCAAAAUCCCCUCUUAUGAAGUGUACACGAUGAAAUGGUGUCUUCACAAUUGGACAGACUCGGAUGUCGUGAAAAUCUUGUCCAAUGUCCGCCGUUCCAUCAAAAUCACACAUCGCUCGAGAAUGGUUGUCAUCGAGUCAGUGCUUGUAGAGGGUCGGAGUUCGCGCGUCUGGAGAUUUGGGGAUCUUACCAUGAUGUCUACUGCCAAUGGACUGGAGCGCACAGAGAGUGAAUGGAUCAAACUCGCUAGACAGGCUGGCUGGGUUGUCAAGGGGAUAACGCCUUUGCGGCACGCCUGGGCUGCGGCCAUUGACUUGAGGCCCUUCUUCACUGUGUCCAUAUAG